CUGUCGCCUGCAGCGCUUCUUGUCCAAGCCGGCUCACGUACUCGUCCACUGUACUUGGCUCUUGGUCAAUUCACGCACACGCGUGCCAUUCAACGCCCACUCUCCCACCAAGUCAGCCGCCCCCUCGCCCACCAUGUCGGGUGUGCGACCUGCCGUGUUGGCCUCCCCGCUAGCCGUGCUCGUGCUUCUGCCUGACGCGCUCUCCCCAAACGCCCCCGGCCGCACCAAUAUCGCUCCGCCCCUCAUCUCGCGCAACUCGGGCGGCGCAGUGCCGCGCAUCAGCGGCCUCACGACUUGGACAACGGCCUCCAACGAUGAAGACGACAAGGGCGAUCCUUUGAUCGUCCAAAGCCGCCGGCUCAGUCUCGCUCCCCACCUCGGGACCGGGCAGUCCAAGCCGUCCGUCAGCCCUACGUCUUCGUUGGGCGGCGGGUUCUCGCCGCUAUCCUCCCUCUCCCCGUUGUCCGACAAACGCAGGUCAGGUGCGACACGCAAGUCGUCCAUUCCAGACCAUCUUGCGAGCUCGCCUGCACUCAACAAGCCCCGUGCUAGCGUGGCGUACCCCAGCGGACAGGGACUGCCGAACAUCGGCCGCCGACGUACGCAGAGUGUGGGUGAUGAGCUAGUCGAUUUGUUCCGCGCAAGCGGCGUCGAAGUCGCCGUCAUUAGGCAUCUCACUCAUCUUCCGAACGUCAUCGCCCACCCAAAGUCGCCAUCCACCAGUCUCAGCACUCCAGGAGCUACAUCCAAGGUUCAGCAAGUCAUUCUCGUUCCCCUCGGGGACGCACCGCCACUUCCAUCCCUUUCUCUUUUCCUUGCGCAGGGCACCACCCCUUCUGCAGUGUGCUUCCAACAGGAUUUACUCGACCGCGCACAGAAGGUAGAGGAAGAUUUCCUCACGGAUGCUCUGGACAGCAUCCAAAAGGUCAAAGACGCCAUCCAGAAAGAGAUCGGGUCCGAUGUCGAUCCGCCUGUCAUCCUUGGUUACCUCGCGCACGGCAGUCUUUCGCAGUCCUCGAUCAGCGAGUGUCUCGAGGCUGGCGCGUCUGGCGUCCUGCAUCCACCGUACGAUGGCCGAACUGUGGCAUCGCUGAAGAUGCUUGUGGCGGCCGCUAACGAGGGGACGUCUUCCACAGUCGCCCUAGCGGGCUCGCCUGCAGUAUCAGCUCUGCAGUCUUCCCCAGCCAACGACGAUGAGGCCAAGGUCAUCCUCACCCCCACCGCCCUGUCGAUGGGAGCCGAGCAUGAAAGUGAAAAGGUUCUCUCGGCAUCAUUCUCCUCACAGCGACGGCGUAGGAGCACGCAGAUGUCGCAUCUGUCACUCAACCGUGUUGCAUCUGGCUCAUCAACGGGCAGCGCCGGUCUUUCUGCGCUUAGCACUGAUAUGACGAAGGAGCAUCCCGGCGAAUCGCAGCAGGACGGCCUGGCGUCCUCCCACAGUGCUCGGACACCAAAGUCGCCCCUCACGGCGCUUGACGACUUUUCGUUCCCCACACACAUCAACAGGCUGUUGGGGACGUCGCAGGCUGCAUGCGAUGCCGCCAGGCGCCGCAGCGUUGACACCGGUGGCCUUGCGCUUGCUUUUGACCGCGCCAACAAGAGAAUGGAGACCAUCGAUGGUGCUGGCGAGCCUGCGGAUGACGCUUCAGACCACAUCAAUGUCGUUGCGGGCGAUCACGAGCAGGAGGUGGCCGACGGCAGCAGCACAACGCAGUUUGCUGAAGUCCUCGGGGAGAUGUAUAACCAGACCAUGAUGUCGAUCGACGUGCAGAUGGGCGACUACGAAGAAUUCGCUGCACCCCUGUCACGACAAGAUCAAGAGCGCCUUGUCGACAUGCUGGAUAGCUGGGGCUUCCGCCCACAUCAGCUGGACCAGCGGGACCUCUUCCGAGUCGCCUGCCUCAUCUUCUCUUCGGUGCUCAACAUAGACGGGGUCGUUGAGCUCGGCCUCGAUUACGAAGCCAUGAAGAGGUGGCUCUUCGCUGUCCGCGCCAUCUACCACGCGCCAAAUCCUUACCACAACUACGUCCACGCGAUCGACGUCCUUCAAGCGACGUAUCAGUUCCUCGUCCGCAUUGGUGUUGCACCGCCGUUCUCGUGGCUCCGUGACCUGCAGCCGGGAAUAACACCGCCUUGGAAACGGCCGUCGGAGGAGGAGCACCCGUCUGCCGGGCGCGGGUCUGCCAGAGCUCGUCAGAUCUUGCGGCCCCAAGAUGUGCUGGCCGUCGCUAUCGCCGCCAUGGGCCACGAUGUUGGCCACCCUGGGCUGAGUAAUGCGUUCAUGGUGAGCUCUUCUGUACAAUUAUUAGCUGACACCAGAAAAACGCAAAGGUCCCCUUGUCCGUUGUCUACGACGACAAGUCCGUGCUCGAGAACAUGCACUGCAUGCUCAGCGUGCAGUUGUUGCGCAAGCACGGAUUCGGGUUCCUCUUGGCACCGCCCACGGCUGCCGAGGCAGAGGAGUAUCCAGCGCGCGCCAAGCUUGACUCCCGUGGGUUCCGCCGCGUACUGUACAGCGCAAUCCUGGCGACCGACAUGAGCCUGCACUUUGCAUGGAUUCAGCGGCUGAAAGA